AUGAUUUCGCCCUUGAAGGACAUUGUGGUCGCCACGGUGCUUGGCCUCGGCUGUGGUCUCGUCUGGAACAAGUUCAAGGACGGCGAGAUGGACCGCAUCAGUCACUUCUAUCAGUGGUACGACGCCCAAGACGCGCCAAAGAAGCACUCGGACGACUAG